GUGUAAUUUACCCUUAUACUCCGAAUAUAUGUAAACCUUGUUUGUGUUUAUAAUCUCAGCUGUGAAUUAAGAUUUAUUGUUUCUUUAAGGUCAAGCAGGCUCGGCCAACUUAUUAUUACAAGUUGGUGAUUAUCAAAACAUAUAAUAAUGAAUCUUUGGACUUUUUCCGUAUCUUUAUACUUAAGGUUUAAGCUUCCUUCCCACUUUCUUCCCUCAAAAGCCCUUUUCGAAUAGUACCAGAACAUCAUCAGUGGACUUCAAUUGCAGGUCUUUUAGCAUCUGUAUAGAUGAUUGUAUAUAUAUAGAACUUACCUAUAUAUAUAUAUAACCUAACAGAUCUCAGGUUCAAACUAGACAUUCAUACGGACUGAAAGAGAACAAGAGAAGAAGACCCAUGUCUGAUUUCCAGCCAGAAUCAGUUGUUCAAGAUGCAGAUAUCUUACAUCAACACGAGAAAACGGACAUGGAUUUUGACAGAGAAGCUGCGAUAAAAGAAUUUGACGAAACGAAAGAUGGCGUGAAAGGACUCGUGGAUGCUGGCGUAACGACAGUCCCUCGGAUCUUUCUAAUGCCAAAAGAAGACAUAUUUAACAAUAUUAAUGAAGAUCCUAACAUAAGAGUUCCAGUCAUAGACCUCAAAGACAUGAACUGCGAUAAUCUCAAGCGAAAACAAAUUGUCGAAAACAUAAAAGAAGCAUCCGAGACAUGGGGAUUUUUCAAGAUCAUAAACCAUGAUAUUCCUCAAACUGUCAUAGACAAGAUGAUCGAAGGUGUCCGACUUUUCAAUGAGCAAAAUAAAGAGAUAAAGAGAGAGUUUUAUUCGCGAGAAAGAUUCGAGAACAAGGUUCGAUUUGUAUGUAAUUUCGAUCUUUAUGACUCACAAGCAGCUAAUUGGAGGGACACCUUGGUUUGUGUCAUGGCUCCUAAUCCUCCACCUCCUCAAGAGUAUCCUGAAGUUUGCAGAGAAAUAUUGAUGGAAUACUCAGACCAUGUUAAGAGACUUGGGGAAACACUGUUUGAAUUAUUAUCAGAGGCAUUAGGGCUCAAACCCAGUUACCUAACAGAUCUGGGAUGUACUGAAGGGCAUGUCUUUUACGGUCAAUAUUAUCCGCCUUGUCCCGAACCCGACCGGACCCUCGGCCAUGCCAGACAUUGUGAUCCUGAUUUUCUCACAAUUCUUCUGCAAGAUCAUAUUGGCGGCCUGCAAAUUCUUAAAGACAAUUAUUGGGUUGAUGUCAUCCCAGAGGACGGAGCUUUAGUUGUUAACAAUGGAGAAUUUUUACAGCUAAUCAGUAAUGACAGGUUCAAAAGUGCAGAGCACAGAGUGAUGGCUAAAUCAAAUGGACCAAGAAUUUCUCUGUCAUGUUUCUUCACAACACUUUUUGAACCAUCAGAGAGAGUUUAUGGGCCUAUAAAGGAAUUAUUAUCAGAUGAUAAUCCACCUCUCUAUGGGGAAACUACAGUAAAGGACUAUCUGCAUAGUUUCAAAUCUAUAGGAACCAAGAGUGUUUCUCCUCUUGCUGCCUUAAGGUUAUAAUAUGAAGGUUGCGGGGCGUGAGUGCAACCAUGUGGUGCCCAGUUGACUUUGAUCAAAUAAGAGUCUGUAAUGCUCUUUGUUAAAUUUUCCAUGUUCUGUUCCAAAAUUUUCAACAUCUGUUUCUGAAUUUUAGGGAAUGUACUUCAAAUCAUACUUAUUUUAUAUCGAUGAGUAAUUUAUGAUAUAAAAGUGUAACAACGACACAAAGGAUAGAAAAAGAUAUCUAUCUAAAAAUGAAUAUUAUGAUGAUAUCAGAGCCAAAUGUUCUGAACAAUUUUACCCUA